AUGAACAAGGAUGUCUUGUACUGUGAAAUAGAAGACAUUAUGACACAUUGUUUAAUUCCCGAUAUUAAUAUGUUCAAUAUGUAUUCUGAAAGACUCACAUUUAAAACAUUUGAAGAUAAUAUUUGUGAAUGUCCAAAAUGUCAAUGUGAAAUGAUAUCGUUUGAUAAAGAAUAUAAAACUACAUGUCCAAAAUGUAUGUAUUUGUUUUGUAGAAAAUGUAGAGAACAAUGGCAUGAAGGAAAAACUUGUGAGGAAUGGGCAACACACAAACAACAGGAACAAGAAGAUAUGGAAUGGAUUAAUAGUAAUACAAAAAAAUGUCCAAGUUGUGGUGACAGAAUCCAAAAGAAUGGAGGGUGUAAUCAUAUGACAUGUAAAUGUGGAUAUGAAUUCUGUUGGUUAUGUGGUGUUAAAUAUACACCUGAACACUGGUCGAAUAAUACAACAGGCUGCAAACAAUUCACAUAA